UAAAAAUUUCGAAUGGUGAAUUGCAUCGGGAAAUAAGAAAUAUAAACAUUCUAUGGAGCGAUAAAGGAAUAAGGGUACAAAUAAAAUUGAUGGCACGCAUCAUCAUUCGUAUCAUUCCAUGUGCUCAUCAGAACGGAGAGGGUCGUGCACUUGAUAUUGAAUCAUUCGUGCGUAAUCGUAAGUAUUCGGAAUGGAUCGGGAGUGAUCGUUAGAAUUCGACAGUACUCGAUGAGUUGCGGUACACGGAGCGCAAUACGGCCGCCGGAGCCCCCUUGCGAUAAACAGUGGUGCCAUCUAACGGAACACCUCCCGUCUUCUCUAUGACUGCAAUAGUUGCAUGGAGUCAGUCGUUUCACGAAUACCGCGGGUGGUUUGCGGGAAGGCUCGCUGCCGCCUUUAGCCGUUGCGCGACGGAUCAUCCGUCGUUUCGCGGUCCGAGGUUCGUCCGCGUGUCUUCGACCACUUUUCCCGCCUGGAUUCUUGUGCAAUUUUACUUGUCGAUUUGAGUGACAAUCGCGAGCGAUGUAAUCGUGCCCUGACGUCACGAGGCUAAUCAAGUGCACACACGAACGCAAAUACAGGCGCGCGCGCGCUUGCCAUUCGUAUUCGUAUACACGGAUAGUGUACGCGCUCGCUAUACUACAUACAACACGUAUAGAGCUGUGCAUACGGUUAAACUGAUACAGAACGAAGGAAAAGGAAAUAGCGAGAUCGUGAAAGACAGAGGAGAAGAAACGGAAACAGAGAGAUAAGAAAAAAAGAGAUAUAUGUGCGUAUACAUAUAUAUAUGUAUGUAUAUAUGAUAUAUAUGUAUAUAUAUAUAUAUAUAUAUAUAUAUGUUGCGUAGCAAGAGAACGGUAAUAGAGAAAAAGGGGUGAGGCGAAAAACAUACACGGAGGACAAAUCAUACUUGAAUACUCUAUGUAAGAUCUACAAGUCUUACCUUUAUAAAACAUUAUGCGCAAAUAUUGCGAAGAAAAAUUUGAAAUGGUAAAAGUAUCGACAUUUUUUCAUUUGCAAUGUUCGACCAUCGAUUUUUCUCGAACGAUAUGUUUUUGUAUCUCGGUAAAGGAUUUCACGUUUUCGACACGUGUGAGACAAGGCUAUAAAAUAGAAUAAAGAAGAAAGAAGAAGAAAAAGAAAAAGAAGAAGUGAGAAAGAAGUAUCUACAUCUCGUGGCGCCCCGUUGUGUUUUUCUACGGAAAACUGCGCUCGCAACCAGCGUGAACUUUCAAAGUGGAAGAAAACGUUCGACAAACCUAAGAAUGAAAAUUUCUUCAAAAACGAUAAAUGGAAAACAAAAGAAAAAAUUAAUCUGUACGCGCUUCAUCUUAUCUGAUCGAUAAAAUGAAAUGAAAUGAGUGAAGAAGCAAACGAAGAAAUUUGAAGUAGAACGAACUUGGAUGAACAAACAAGUUUUAUUCCAGUCGAACCGGUCAGUGAGUGUAAUAUAAUUUUUGUGCGUUAUCAUUGGGAUAUUUUUUUUUUUCUUUUUUCUUUUUUUUUUUCUUUUUUUUUUUUUUUUUUUCUUCUUAUGUGAAUUAUUAUCACAUGUGAGUAUAAAAGUGUAUACAUGAUUGCGGGUGUUGUAUCUUGUUGUGUGCGAUAAUAAGAAAGUGGGAUCUCUACGUUCCGUUUUUAUUAACUUGUCGGACGGUCCACUGCUUUGAGAGUCAAGUUCGUCGCGCUUCGCUGUACGCGCCGUGCCUGGCGCGCAUAUAGGAUCGGCAAGAUUACGAAGAACCGUAACAAAUUUCGAAAAGGAUGAAAAAAAUUGUGGAAAGCUCAAAAUUCCGGCAAGACGAUUCCCAAAAGAUAUAAUAAUCGUCAGAUAAUUGGCAAUUGAGAUGUCUUCUGCUUAGUAUCUUGGUGAGAAUUGCCUGUCAUUGAAUAUUUAUAAGCGAUUCCAGAUUUGGAGGGAUAAACAGAAAACCGAUCGUUCCUGAAUGGUAGCAACGACAAGUUAAAAAAAUAAAAUGUCUAAGGUAUUCUAUUUUUCGCCAGUAGAAUACGGUUAACGAAUCUGUCUACAUGUACGUGAAUAAGUGAGAAAGUUGGCGUGUCGAAAAGUGAAUCUGAUGUUCGAGGGCGAAAAGGAAACGACGACAGUGAUGGUGCUCGGUCGAUAAAGAGAGUUAUAUAAAGUGUAGAAAGAAGAUCAAAAAAGAAAAAUGUGUACUUAAUCUUGUUUUUUUUCGCGAGUGAUUUUUACGUUGGUGAUGUGAACAGUGUCUAUUGUAAAGAACAUCCCGAAUGUCGGUAAAUGAAGAAGAAGUAUAUGAUUGAACGAUGCAAUUAAGAACGCGUGUUCGAUCAGUGAGUGUCGGCCGAGAAAAAAGAACUAUUCGUUUUGAUUGAUUUUUUCUUAUUUCACGUCGAUACAAACGGGUGAUAAAACGAGAAAUAAUUGAGAGUGAAAUGAAUUAUUUAUUUUUUCAUUUGUUAUUUUGCAAAUUCCCGUUAUGUACUUGAUUUUCUCGUGGUUUGAAAUUUGAGUAAAAAGAAAAGAAAAGAAAAGAAAAGAAAAAAAAAGGAAAGAUUCAAAAAUUUGUCAUAUUGGAAAAGUGUUGGUGAUAAUAGUGAGCGACGUUCAUUGAUUCGCAGUGGUGAUAUUCUUAUUAUUUGAUAUCCAUAUUAUUGGUUGUGAAGAUAUAGUGAAAACAGGUUAGUGGUGAUAGUGGCAUAUCGCGUAGAAAGAGAACACUCGACUGUGACUCUUAACUUAUUACCACGGAUUUCUCCCGGCAGUUUGACACAACAGCCAUCCUCGAUGAGAGGAGGCACAUGUCCAUUGCUGCCGCUGAAAAUGCAGGGCCUAGCCCGCGUGAAUUACAGGACCCGCUUUGGGUCAAAAUGAGUGCGAUCACUGGCAGCAUCAGCAAAAAGAGAAAGAAAUCAGAUGCCAAGCCUCAGUCGCAAAUAUUCGGCACAUUAGGGAACAGGAAGGCUCGAAUAGUCAUGCCGUGCAACAGGGGGAAGUAUCUUCUUCGAAUCCUAACAUACUGUCCAACGAUCAAGUUGGUCCUAUUUUACUUGAGGUAUAAUUCAAUUUAAAUCGAAUUCCAUCAAUCUAUUUUAUCUUUGUUGUUUGCGUUCAUCGGUGUAUAUAAGACAUAAUCAGAAGGAACAUUUUUAUUCUGUUUAUUGACGAUUUAAGAGCAAAUAGGCAAAGUCCAUUGAACCUAAUUCGAUAAAUAUUUUAUCGGAAUUAAU